UAGAAUUGCAGGAUUGGAGUAUCUGCAGACGGGCAGCAAGACACUUGUAGUCCAUCGAAAUUUGAAAUCCAGUACUAUCUUGUUAAAUGAAAAGAUGCAAGGCAAGAUAGCUGUUUUCGAAUUCGCUAAAUUUUUGCAUGAAGAAUUUGAAGAAUAUACCCAUCUUUGUGGGACAUUCGGAUACUUGGAUCCUGUGUAUGUUCAGACGGGAAAAGUAAACAAGAAAACUGACCUGUACAGCUUCGGCAUAAUUUUACUAGAGUUGUUAACCGGAUUGCCUGCUCUCGGGUACAGCUCUUCUCCGAAUUUAGUUGAUCAGGUGGAGUCUAUAAUGGAGACAUGGGAUAUCAAAAGACUUGUUGAUCCAAGGUUGCAAGGAAAAUUCAAUACCAACACUGCUUCAACAGUCGCAAAGUUAGUAAUGUCAUGUGCAUCGAAAUCUGCAGACCGAAGGCCAGACUUGAGUCAUGUGCUCGUAGAACUCAAGGGGUGUUUGGCAUUAGAGAUGCAUUCCCAACAAAACCGAGGGGAUAACUUAUGUGGUCCACCUUCUUCUGUGACUGGUUUUCGUGGAAGGAAGAUAUGGGAUCUAAAGUUGCCAGAGAAAAUUAAGUUGAUGAUUUGGAGUGCUUAUAAGGGGAUCCUACUGUUGAAGGAUAACUUAUGCAAGAAACAGAUCCCUGUGGACAACUUCUGUCCAGUAUGUAACUUGGAAGAUGAGACAACCUUACAUGUAGUCAAGGAGUGUGAGGUAGCAAGGGCUGUAUGGUUAGGUUCUUCAUUGUCUUUACGAGUCUCCGAGAUUCGGGCGCAAGAUUUCGCUGAGUUUUUUGAAAUUAUGGCAUCUUUUAUGGAAAGAGAACAAUUGGAGCUAGCUUGUGUUUUAUGUUGGUUAUUAUGGGCUAAUAGAAAUGAUGCUCUUCGGAAUGGGAAAUACCAGCUGCCAAGUCAGAUUGUGUCUCAUGGGGUGCAGUUCUCACGAGAGCUCAAAGUAGUUAUAAACCCAAGCAAGAAUGUAUCUCAACAAUGUGUCUCAACAUGGUAGCCUGAGGAGGAUGGAUAGGUGGAUACCUCUGGCGGCUGGACGGCACAAAAUGAAUGUUGAUGGGGCUUCGAAUGAGCAGAGAGGGGUGUAUAGGAUGGGAGUGGUUGUACGGAGUGAGCAAGGACAGGUUGUAGCAGCUAUGGCUUCUAAAAGGAAUGGGUAUUUCCCAACGGUGGUUGUGGAGGCUUACAGCGUUAGGAAAGCUCUUAGCUGGGUGGCAGAGUUGGGUCUCCGAGGGGUUGAAGUGGAGAGUGAUGCAACAUGUGUGGUGAGUGCAAUUUCAGCUACAGACCGAGGUGGGAUAUCAGGGUCAGAAAUGUAUUUUGAUGAUUGGCGAAUCUUACUAAGUAGCCUAGAUGACUGUUCUGUGCGGCAUGUUCAGAGGGAGGGGAAUAGUGUGGCCCAUGAAUUAGCAAAAAGAGCCUUAACAAAUGAUGAUGAUGUGUAUUGGGCGGAAGAGUUGCCUAGUAAUAUUAUGCAAUGUGUAGCUGAGGAUCUGAGAAAG